AUGCUGUCUCUCUCUCUCUCUUUCUCUUUAUCUUUUUUGUUGUUGUUACCAGACAUACAUGGUCUCUGUGGAGUUGGCUGGCCAUCAAUGCUUUGUGGCUUUCAGGGCACCACCGCAGAGGGAGAUACCUGCUUUUGUUUUGUUUACUGCGUGCGUGCGUGUUGCAUCUGUCUCAUUUGGGCGAGGCACCCGCACCACACGGCUCUGGAUAAAUUCACGCGGUCAUGGUCAACGCCGAUACACAGCCCGAUACUAAUUCUUCUGACACGGAAUUUGCCCCGUUUGGAGGAGUCCUCGGCGUGGCGGACAGUGGCGUUCCGGCCCGCUCAAACGGUGCAAGAAACUUCUUCAGCGAGAGUAUAUGUGUCGCCCCCGUUCUUAAGCGCAUUGGGGUUGCGACCUCCACGGCGGCCAUUGGGACCUAUGCUGCGCUGGGACACAAGUGGCUCUCCUUGGAGUUUGCGCGUUGCUACUUGGCGCCAUGGCCAAGGGCGUGCGGCUUGCGUUCGUACCCACAGCGGAGGACCUGUGGGAGGGCAGUGA